GAAAGAAAAAAUAAAACAAGUGAAGAAAAUAGCAACCAAUGGGUUAUAGGGUAAGAAGAGUAAAAACGGAACUACAAAAACUACAUCUUUUUUUUAACCCCAAACUCAAGCGUUGUUUCGAUCAAUUCAAUGGCAGAAACGGAACCCAAACCGAAAGCUCCGUUUUCAGGAAAUGAUGUAAAAGCUCCAAACAUUCUUGAGCGAGCCAAGGAGGAAUUUGAAGCAGUUUUCAAACAUGACAAAUCGCCUCGCCACCAUAAAGAAACACAUGGGAGAAACGAUGAUAUUGAUGAGCGAACUUCUGUUGAAGAAGUGAAAGCUCCGAGUGUGUUUGGAAGGAUGAAAGAAGAGAUUGAAGCUGUAGUUGAAGCCAUUCAUCCCAAGAAAGAAUCUGACACUAAUGAUUCUCCAUCAAAGUGAUCAUAGCUAUUAGCUAGAAAGGAUGUACCUUUAAAUUUUGUAACAAAGAGUAUGUAUCAACCUUGUACUCUCAAUGAUGUUAACCAUCAAAACUACCAUGUUUACUUUGUCUGUUUUUUUUCCCUUGUUCUGUGAAUGUUUCCUUUAGAUAUGAAAAGUGAAGUAUUCUUCUUUUCUAA